AUGGUCAUGUUGAAACAAUUAUUGGUGGCUUCGGUGUUGGCAGUCUUUGCCGAAAGCGCAUUCGUGCAUGUUCCAGUGGUGAAGAAGAGACACGGUGGGAGUGAUACCCUUGGAGAUGGGGUACCUGGCGCUGGGCAGCCCCAUUUUCUGCUGAAAAACAAAAACAGAGUGGUAAAAAGAGACCAUCCAGACGCAAGCUUCGAGAUGGAGCUGAGGUUCGACCAGCUCAUGUACGAGGCACAAUUGGAAAUUGGCUCAAACAAGGAUAAGGUAAUCCUGCUGGUUGACACAGGCUCUUCAGACAUGAUUGUGAACUCGCGGAGCAACAAUGAGUGUCUGGCGGAUGGCGAGGAUGACGACAGUGAUGAUGGAAACGGCAUUAAUGGCGGUAACGAAAACCUUUCCAGCUCAGAUGAGAAUUUUGACAACAAUAUUGGCAAUUUCUGCAAAAGAGAACCACCUUCUGUUGAGGUUUCCAGAACUCAUCCGGUCUAUCCUAGCAUUACCCGGAGCAUCAGCUCGGGCCCAACAGAUGAGGCGUAUCUGAACAGGAUAGGAUCGAAGCUGGCCCAGGUAUUCAACUGUAUGGUAUACGGGGUCUAUAAUCAAGACAACUCUACCACAAUGAGUAAUCUUACAACUCCGUUGAGCAUAACUUACGCCGACGGCACAGGAGCCAAUGGCUUUUUCGUCUCGGAUGACGUUUAUUUUGGAGACACUAAGAUUGAAACAGUCACUUUCGGCCUCAAUAUCAAUACUUACAAGCAGAAUGGUGUGCUUGGUCUCGGUUUCAAAGCAAACCAGAGCCCCUUUCAGCAUGGAUACGCUCAAUAUGAUAGCUUCCCAUAUCGCCUCAAGACCCUCGGAAUUAUAGAUAAAGUUGUCUACUCCUUCUGUGCUCCAUAUGGAGGAUCAUCCACCGACUCCAUUAUCUUCGGUGCAUACGACUCAAAUGGAUACGACCAUUCCACAGGUCUCACUCUUGUCCCCAUAGUUGACUACACAGUAAGUCCUAAAGUGGGUGACGGACCAUACUAUAUCUCAAUCACUCUCAAUUCGAUUUCGUUCACAAGCCCUGGAGUCAACAACAAGCUGGUUGCAUCUGGCAAUGCACCCGCUAUACUAGAUUUAGGGACAACUUCGAGUGUUUUUCCCUACUAUAUUUUCAACGAGAUCAUUACCAGGUUCAACUUCCAGUGGUCGUCACAGUUGAACUCGUAUGUUGUGUCCGAGUCCGAGAUAGAGAAGGAAAGCUCCUACGUCACUUUUAAUUUUCAGAACGCCUUCAUUAAAGUCCCUGUCAUAGAUUUUACAUAUCCUGUCAUUGACGGAGACACUUUGUCAGCAACAGGUUUGAGGUCCAUUUCCAUCAGCUAUACAAACGACGAUUAUUUUCUUUUUGGCGACGAUUUAUUGAGCUCAGUAUUCUUUGUUGUUGACCUUGAGGAGAAAAACAUUGCUCUCGGACAAGUGAAUACCAGUGGUGGGGAGUCGUCUGAUUCGAUCGUUGUUGUCACUGACGGGAUUGUCGACGCAGUGAAGUCAUCUAACUGGGAUUACGUAUACGGGUAUGAAGGGUCGACAAAUCUGAAAUUAAAAGAGGCUGAGAAUCCAGACAAUAUCAAGACAGCACAGCAAUCAGGAAGUAAUCUCCAGUUGUACAUAGCUGGUCUUGGCACACAGCUCGGCUGGUGA